GCAUGCACAGGCUCAUCGGGCUCCUCAGGAGCGUGCGGGAGCGCUCGACGUCCGGCAGCGCUUCCGCGCCCGGCGCCGCCGGGGCCUCCGAGCUCCGGGAGAAGGGCCAGGGCGCGCUGCACAGCGCGGCCGCCAGCGGUGACCUGGCCGAACUGCAGCGGCGCUGGUGGUGGUGGCAGAGACUCCGCAUCAACAGGCGGGACGCGAAGAAGCAGACGCCUCUGCAUCUUGCUUGCGCGAAUGGCCAUGCAGACGUUGUGCGAUUUCUAGCAGGAAAGAAGUGCCAGCUAAACCCUCGUGACAGCUUGAAGAAAUCGCCGCUGAUGAAGGCAGUAGACCACCAGCACAAAGACUGUGUGACUAUUCUGCUGGAGCACGGUGCCAAACCCAACCUCAAAGGUGCUGGCGGCAACACUGCCCUUCACAUGGCUGCUGUCAUUCCUAGCAAACCUCUAGUGGAGCUGUUACUUGAGCACAAUGCCCAUAUCGAUGCUCAGAAUGAGUUGGGGUACACUCCGCUUACUCUUGCGAUCACCGAGCGCUGUGAAGAGAUGGUUGAGUUCCUUCUCCAAAAAGGAGCUGACGUGCAUGCUCGAGAUAAGCAUGAAAGGACCCCUCUUAUGAUUGCUGUUCUUGCUGGGAAUAUGAAUACAAUAAAAAGCCUUCUUCGACAUGGUGCUGAUCUUUCUCAUCAAGACUGUAUUGGCAAGCAAGCUACGCACUAUGCCAGAGAGUUAACGCUUUACACCAAUAUUGCUGAGCAACUGGAGGAAUACAUCAGGUGUGAAAUGACAGGAGAAUGUUCUGCGGGAGGCACAGAAGGCCCAGCAGUACUGGACAGCUUUUGCGCUGGGACAGCUGCUCAUUGUCCCUUGGGGGACCUGCAAUGA